AAAACAUAUGUGAUUCGAAUAAAGUUAAAAUUGAUUAUUUAUCACUGUAUCUUUCAUUGCCUCACAACUUCUACUUCUCGAAAUUAAAAAGCUGUAGUGUUGCCAUAACUCAUUUUUAUUAAUUGCAUAAAGUCGAGGCGUCGUAGGUGUAUUUCGUUCCGGUAUUGUGGCAAUAUUCUCACUCAAGCCACAUUGAGAGGCGCAAUCUCAAGUGAUCUUUACGGCAGUGUAAGCGGAUAAUGUACAUACAUCGUGUUGCUCUUGGAAUUGUUUAAGAUCUAUCAGACAUUUGCUGUUCACGAAGUUAGCUGCGUUGUUUGUAGCCGAAAUUUCUAAAUAAUGGCAGCGAAGGCAAUUCGAGAAGCAACUGGGAAGGAUUUAAUUAAUCGUAAACUUCUUGCUGGGACAAAAGCAGCAAAAUGUAGAUUUGUAUCUAUUACGGAUAGCACAGAUUGGAUCAACAUCGUCAACGAACAUCCAUGGCUUAAAACGGAAAAAUUGGUUGUUAAACCGGAUCAGUUAAUCAAGCGACGAGGAAAACUUGGAUUAAUUAAAGUAAAUGCGGAUUUGGUCACUGUACAAAAAUGGAUUGAGCAGUAUAUGAACAAGGAACAACGUAUUGAAAAAGCGAUUGGAAAAUUGAAAACAUUUAUAAUUGAACCAUUUAUACCCCACAAAUCGGAGGAAGAAGUCUAUGUCUGUAUCUAUUCUCAUCGCAAAGCUGACACAAUAUUAUUUCAUCAUCAAGGAGGAAUCGAUAUCGGUGAUGUCGAUGCAAAAGCUUUAAAACUAGAUAUACCGGUUGGUGGCGAAAUACCCGAUCGGUCUACAUUGAUCAAUAAACUUUUGACAAAUGUGUUGGAUGAUAAAAAAGUGGUGAUAGCUGAAUUCAUAGAAUCUCUUUAUAAACUCUAUGUUAAUUUAUAUUUUACGUAUUUGGAGAUCAAUCCACUAGUAGUAACGGAUACUGCAAUUUAUGUCCUUGACCUUGCGGCUAAACUAGACACUACGGCAGAUUUUAUAUGUAAACCAGAUUGGGGAGAAAUCGAUUAUCCACCGCCAUUUGGGAGAGACGCUUAUCCGGAAGAAGCCUACAUAGCCGAUUUGGAUGCGAAGUCUGGUGCCAGUUUAAAACUGACGAUUCUUAAUCCAAACGGUCGCAUAUGGACUAUGGUUGCUGGUGGUGGUGCAUCUGUGAUAUAUUCUGAUACAAUUUGUGAUUUGGGAGCAGCUGAUGAAUUGGCCAAUUAUGGUGAAUAUUCUGGCGCUCCUAGUGAACAACAAACUUAUGAAUAUGCAAAAACUAUAUUAAGUUUGAUGACAAAAGCAAAGCGUUCUGAUGGAAAAGUACUUAUUAUAGGAGGAGGAAUUGCUAAUUUUACAAAUGUAGCUGCAACAUUUAAAGGCAUUGUUAAAGCUCUUCAAGAAUAUCAACCAAGGCUAGUGGAGCAUGAUAUAAGAAUUUUUGUAAGAAGAGCUGGGCCUAAUUAUCAAGAAGGCUUAAGGAUUAUACGGGAAGUUGGUAGACGUUUAGGAAUUCCCGUUCAUGUAUUUGGUCCCGAAACUCACAUGACAGCUAUAUGUGCUAUGGCACUAGGAAAGAAACCGAUUCCUGAUCCAGAAGCUCAGGAAUUCUCAACCGCAAAUUUUCUUUUACCAUCCGGACAAGACAUUGGACCACCAUGCGUGCCAUCUAAGAACAACAUACAAUCAUCGUCAGAGCAGUCUAAAUUGAAAACUGCAGAUGCAGUAGAUUUAAGUAACGACGACAGACAGCUCUUCACCAAUAAAACGAAAUCUAUUAUUUGGGGUAUGCAAACAAGAGCGGUACAGAGUAUGUUGGAUUUUGAUUUUGUUUGUCGAAGAUCCGAACCAUCCGUCGCUGCUAUUGUUUAUCCUUUUACUGGUGAUCACAAACAAAAGUUUUAUUGGGGUCACAAAGAGGUUCUUAUUCCUGUUUAUAAACAAAUGAAAGAUGCUAUGGCUAAACAUACGGACGCAGAUGUGAUGGUUACAUUUGCCUCUUUAAGAAGUGCUUAUGAAAGCACCAUGGAAACGCUACAAUUUCCGCAAAUCAGAACGAUCGCUAUAAUCGCGGAAGGUAUACCAGAAAAUAUGACUAGAAAAUUAAUUCUAGCGGCACAACGAAAGAACGUGACUAUAAUUGGACCAGCAACUGUAGGAGGAGUAAAACCGGGCUGUUUUAAAAUUGGUAAUACUGGCGGAAUGAUGGAUAAUAUUUUGCAUAGCAAGUUAUAUAGACCCGGCAGUGUUGCUUAUGUUUCUCGUUCCGGUGGCAUGUCAAACGAAUUAAAUAAUAUAAUCUCUAAAGCUUCCAACGGCGUAUUAGAGGGUGUUGCUAUUGGUGGAGAUCGAUAUCCAGGAACUACAUUUAUGAAUCAUAUAAUACGUUAUCAAAACAAUCCAGAUGCGAAAGUAAUUGUACUGCUUGGAGAAGUUGGUGGUGUUGAAGAAUACGAAGUAUGUCAAGCAUUAAAAACAGGCAGAAUUACGAAGCCAUUGAUAGCUUGGUGUAUCGGUACUUGUGCUAGCAUGUUCAAUUCUGAAGUGCAAUUUGGUCAUGCCGGCUCAAUUGCAAAUUCCAAUCUUGAAACGGCAUAUGAGAAAAAUGCAGCGUUGAAGGCUGCCGGCGCAUACGUCCCAAAUAGUUUUGACAAUCUGGGUGAUCUUAUACAAACUGUUUACGAGCAAUUGGUAAAAGAUGGCACAAUAGUGCCGGAACCCGAAGUUCCGGUGCCGACAGUACCAAUGGAUUAUGGAUGGGCCAGGGAACUUGGUUUAAUACGGAAACCUGCAUCAUUUAUGACAUCAAUUUGUGAUGAACGUGGGCAGGAAUUAUUAUAUGCAGGUAUGCCUGUAACUGAGGUUCUGAAGCAAAAUGUAGGCAUCGGAGGCGUUGUCUCACUUUUAUGGUUUCAACGUUGUUUACCUCCGACCUAUUGUAAAUUUCUUGAAAUGUCGCUGAUGCUCACAGCUGAUCAUGGCCCCGCUGUUUCCGGGGCCCACAAUACUAUUGUUUGCGCACGUGCUGGAAAAGACUUGGUCAGUUCUCUUGUUUCGGGACUUCUAACAAUUGGAGACCGUUUUGGUGGUGCUUUAGAUGGCGCAGCUCGUAUGUUUUCUGAAGCAUAUGACACCGGUUUACAUCCGCAAGAAUUUGUAAACAAUACACGUAAGAAAGGUGAACUGAUUAUGGGUAUUGGCCAUCGUGUCAAGUCAAUCAACAAUCCAGAUAUGCGUGUAAAGCUCAUCAAGGAAUUUGUAUUGGAGAAUUUUCCGGCGAAACCUUUAGUCGAAUAUGCCCUAGAAGUUGAAAAAAUAACAACCAGCAAAAAGCCUAAUUUAAUUCUUAAUGUGGACGGUAUUAUUGCUUGUUCCUUUGUUGAUAUGCUGCGGAACAGCGGCAGUUUUACAAGAGAGGAAGCGCAAGAAUAUAUCGAAAUAGGUGCCAUAAAUAGUUUGUUCGUUCUUGGUCGAAGUAUAGGAUUUAUCGGUCAUUACAUGGAUCAGAAAAGAUUAAAACAAGGACUUUACCGCCAUCCGUGGGAUGAUAUUUCUUAUGUACUACCUGAGCAAUAUAAUUGAAUUAUUAUGCAAAAUGAAGUAUACAACAUAUAACACUUAAUGUUUCAUCGUUGGUCGUUUAGUUCAAAAAUCGUUGAAAAUAACGACGCAAUAUAGAAAAGCUAAAUAUCAAUUAUUAUUUUAAUUAUCAAAUAUAAUCGAUGUAGUAUGUUAAAUUGGACUGUGAAUUAUGCACUGAAAAAUACUAUAAAGUACAUUAUCAUUACUUUUUAAAUUAAUUUUUAAGUUUGGAUAUUUGUGAGAAAAGCAAUCAUUUAUUACAGAAAAUACUAAGAUACACAUUGUGAAAAAUAUUAAACAAUGUAAUUACAUAUAUAAUCAUAGCUUUAUAAAUUAAUGUAUACAAAUUCUUGAAAAUGCCCCUAUUAAAAACAUUCCAUUAAUGUGCAUUUUUAUUUGAGUAGACAUUAGACAGUAAAAUGUUUGAUAAUUGGAAUGUUUGAUGAUUUAUUCUGAUUUAUUCUAAUUAACUAAUACGAUUUCAAUUACGACUAUUGUAAGUAGAAACAUUAUUAUAACUGCUUAUUAUUAUUAAUUAUGUAACUUAUAUAUAUAUAUUACUAACCCAUAUGUGCACAAUUCUAAUUAUAUGGAUUAUAAAAA